AUGGACGAAGAAGUAUACGAAGAAAAUACGGAGGAAAUAUCGAAAGAUGAAAAGUUUCAAGAGAACGAUACCGAGCAGAAAUACAGAUAUGAUGAUUUUUUCGAAGCGGAACAAUUUUUUGACUCGGAAAAACAAGAACCUUACGAGGAGAGAAAAUGGGAAGAAAUAGAAGAGAUAUUGCCCAUGCAAAAUUGGGAGAAGGAGGCAAAAAAGAAAAUUAAUAUAGAAAUGGAUGACCCGAUGAGUAGACGAAGAACUAUUUACGAUCUUGCUACGUCUGGACCAUCAGUAAACGACAUUUGGAAAUUUGACACAGCACAGAUAGCUGCAGAACCAAAGAAGGAAAUUCGAUAUUCCGUGUCGAUGGGAAUGUCGGGAAUAGCGAGAAUCGAUUUGUCGCCGCUGACGCAGAAGAUCGUCGGCUGUGUCAUCGGCGAAAACGUCACCACAGAAUAUCCAUGGGUAUACGUUAGGAAGGAUGUCAUUGAGGAUAAUAUAGAUCUGCAUUCCGAGAGCAGCGACUUCCUACCGGUAAAAGACGAGAUUGAAGCAUUUCCUGACGAGCAAAUUCUCAUCGGCUACGCACCAUCUCUUUCUGAAGAGGGUCAAUUCUACAUUAUUCUCACCAAAGAAAGUAGAGAUGCAAUAGUGAAGUCUAUACAAACUCAAAGAGAGGAUCAUGAGAAUCGCGUAAGAUACGCAAUCUACAAACCCCUCGGUCGAUGGCACGAUUUAGGAAGCGGUGCCGAGGUCGACGCUUAUGUCGUUAAAAAUACGAGGCCGCUAUUUGAGAUCGAGGUGUCGUCUACAGCCGAUUUGCUGAAUAUGCCGAUAAAUAUGACGGACAGGAAAGCGGAUGAUCAGAGAGAUGGAUAUAUCGAGUUACUGCCGUACCAGCAAGAAUUUGAAAAUAUAUGGCGUAAAUUGGUAAGCAGGCCCACACAAGUGAUGCCAAUUGUACAGCACAACGAAGCACAAACGACGCCAUCGAUACCUGUCAAUUCCUGGUAUCAAUAUCUGUAUGAAUACGAGACAGUCGAUUUGUCUACUUAUCCGGAGGACAAGAUAGAGUCCUUGAAAGAUUUUCUGGAACGUUAUACCGACGAUAUGUGCGACCAAAUUUUAAUAAAUUCCACUUGGGAUAUAUAUACAAACGAUCAUGCAAAUCUGGUACGCAAUGAGAAAGAUACACAGGCACCAGUACCGAUAGGUUACGCGGAACAUCAGAGCUAUUAUGAUGGAAAAAUCAUUGCGGACAAAGUUAUCAAUGAUUUCUGCUGGCAUCCGUUUUGGACCGGAACAGCGAUAGCUACUUACACGCAACAUUCCAAGGGCGAAUAUCUGAUCGGACCAAAAACUUAUGAUGAGGUAUUCCUGGCUUGCGAGGGCAAUAAUCGAAUAUUAAUAUGGUCGUUCACUGACUGUUUAUCGCCUAAAUUGAUCCUUGAAUGUACGCGAGAAGUAACGUCUAUUGCUGUCUGCCCUCUCGAUGGCAGUAUUAUCGUAGGCGGUUGUAAAAACGGCCAGAUCGCCAUUUGGCACAUUCCUGGCAAAAUGGAGCGAGUGGAGUCGGUGAUAGCGCAAACGGGCGCUCAAACAAAGUACAACAUCGCGAUAAGGAGCCUGAUGACGUGGAUGCACGAGAUAACGGUAACGUCGCUGAUCGGCCCAGUGGCGAUGUCCUCGCUCAAGUACAGCCAGAAGGCGGGCAUCACCCAGGUAAUCUGGAUGCCCUCGUAUCACAAGAUCGAUAAAAACGGCCGAAUUUCGUCCUUGCCGAAUAACGCGUCCUUGAACGAUCUGAGUUGUCAGUUCGUAACUGCCAGCGAGGAUGGCACGAUCGCCUUCUGGGAUCUUAAGUGGCGACCUUCGGAGAAAGACAUUCGACAAGUUCGUCACAGACGAAGGAAAAAAGCACAAGCGGAUAUCCAGAAAUCGAUGACGCGGACCGAGUCGCCCUUUAAGAUUCUCGAUCGCAUCUUGAAGCCCGAUUACAUCCUUGUGAUUCAAUAUCCGGACGAGAGCCGGCAACUCGUGAUAACGACGCUCAGCAUGUACAAUCCGAAGUUUCGUAAGGAUCAAGUUGAACCGUUCCCGGUUUCAAGGGACAUCACAAUUAGAAAGUACUAUAGACCUGUAAUCGAGAAGCCGGACUUCAUCAUGAAGCCAAAGAUGCUCGUCGGAACCGUCGAAGGUGAUUUCGGUUGCAUAACAUGGACCGGUUACGAAUUCGCCACCGACGUGAGCGUGAAUCGUGAAACGGCACAAUGGCUCUGGAUAAAGAGGAUGCACGACGGACCGGUGACGCACACGGUUAGAUCUAAUUAUUAUCAUCAAGUGGUGGUCACGAUAGGCGGCAAGAUCUUCGCCGUAUGGAGGGAUGAUUUCGGUGAACCGCUCGUUUGGAAGAAGUCCAACGUCAGAUAUACAGCAUGUUCUUGGGGAAUUUUGCGUCCGACCGUUUUGAUUCUGGGAAGAAUGGAUGGUACUAUAGAAAUCUGGGAUUUGAUAGUCAAGAGCCACGAGCCGAGUUUCGUGCAAAGUUUGUCCGGACGGAUAAUUACUGGCAUUUACACGCACGAGCUGCCGCUCGAACCACAAUGUAUCGGGUUUUGCGAUUUUAAUGGUUCUCUAAGAAUGUUUACAGCACCACGUGUCUUACUGACGUAUGACGUGAGCGACGUCGAAUGGAUGAAAAAAUUCAUUGAUCGACAGGUUCAAAGGAUAAGCGAGUUUAAAGCCUGGCAGGAAACGUGGUGCGAAACAAAUCCUGAGAAUAUCGAGAUGAAGAAAAAACUGGGCGAGAUGGCAGAGGUGAAAAAACGUAUAGAGGCCGAGGAGCGGAUUAAAGUCGACACGAUCGAAGCAACGGUUGGCGCAACAACAUCUACGAGGACCACACGCCGGAAACCCUGGCAGUUCCUUGAAGAAGCCAAGGAACGAUGGAUGUCAAUGGAAGUAAAGCGCAUGCAACGACUGAUCCUGGAGAAAAAAGGGUUGAGGAAGGACGUUCUCGAGAGGCAGCGCGCGCCCGUUCUCAGAUUGCGACAGGAGGAAAGGACAAAGAAGCGCAAGAUACGGGAGAUCCUGAAUCUACAGGAUAGGAUCUUUGAGGAAGCUGUCGUAUUCCUCUUCCCGGAGCAGCAUCAGGAGCGCAGAGAAACUUUGCUGCCCCCUUUGCCAGUCUCCGCGACCGAUAGACGCUUAACGAUCGACGAGUUCAUUAAGAAGGAAACCGCUUUUCGAAAAGAAGACGUUUUUGCCGACCCGGAGGAAGAAAUUAUAUACAAUUUUCUGGAAGUACAAGCCGAGACUCUGGCCAAAUUAAAGAGCACGCCUUUUGAACGCACAUUCGACUGGCACAAAGUACUCGCGCGAGGAAAGUCGAGGAGAAGAUCGAUGGACAUCGAACUCAAGAAGUUAAACAAGCUGAAGAAGAGCAAAGUGGACGAUGCUGUGAACGAUGCAUCACGACUUGCCUGCAAUGAGAUACACGACGUACGCAUCAAAGUAUAG